AUGCGCUGGUUGUGGCUCCGUUCCUUCCUCGCCGUUGCCUUCGGCUGUCUGCCGCUGGCCUCUGCCACCCGAUUACUAGAAACCAAGUCUCUCGACCCGUGUCAGGCCGAUUCGCUCAUCACGGCAAGCCUGUUCAACGUCGUGUUCACGCCAAACAACAAUACCCUCCAGUAUGAUAUCAUCGCAGACACCACGAUCACGGGAAAUGUCACCGUUGAGCUGGAGGUUAUUGCCUAUGGAUAUACGGCUGCGACAAUGAACAUCGACCCGUGCCAUAGCGAUUUAUCCACCAACUUCUGUCCUAUCCAAGACAUGGGUCCCAUUAGAAUGGUAGCCAGUGCUCCGGUCUCGGAUAAUAUUGCGUCGAAAAUCCCUGGGGUUGCAUAUACCAUUCCUGAUAUCGAUGGAAUGGUUCGAAUCAUCAUCAAUUCGACCGAUCAGCAUCGCACGGUGGCCUGCGUUGAAGCGCAACUGUCUAAUGGCAAGACAAUCUACCAGAAAGCGGUAGGCUGGACGCUUGCGGCCAUCGCCGGCCUUGCAUUGACGGCAUCGGCCAUCACCUCAGGGCUCGGCUUUUCCAACGCAGCCGCCCAUGUGGCCGCCAAUGCGCUCUCGCUUUUUGGAUUUUUCCAGGCUCAGGCCAUGUACGGGAUGACCUCCGUUGCGAUGCCCCCGAUUGUCGAGGCGUGGACUCAGAACUUUCAGUGGAGCAUGGGCAUCAUUCGGGUUGGAUUUUUGCAGACCCUCAGCACAUGGUAUCAAAGGGCUACCGGGGGGACCCCGUCAACGGUCCUUUCCAGCCUCUCCCAGGAGUCCGUUACCGUGCAAAAACGUUCCGUCGAAUUCUUACGCGAUGUGGCUAAGAGAACGUCGGCCCAUCUUGUAGCACGGGAUGAUACUUCCACGCUUGAUCAGACAAGCACAACGGUUAUCCGGGGCAUAGACCGUGUCGGCUUCCGUGCCAAUAUCGAAGAGAGCAACAUCUUCAUGACCGGCUUGAUAUUCUUCGCUGCCUUUGUCAUGUUCGUGAUUUUGUUGAUUGUUCUGUUCAAACUUUACACGAAAGUGGCUGUCAAAUACGGCUGGAUGAGUCAUGAGGUAUUUCAAGAUUUCCGGAAUGGUUGGACGAGUGUGAUGCGGGGGAUUCUCUUUCGACUGAUUUUGAUUGGUUAUCCUCAAAUGGUCGUUCUUUGCUUGUGGGAGCUCACUAGACGGGACUCGGUGGCCGAGGCGAUUCUCGCAGCGAUCAUGUUUGCUUCGAUGACCGGCGUUCUUGCUUGGGCAGCCGUCAGAGUGAUCAGACUGGCCCAACGAUCGGUUAUGAUGCACAAAAACCCGGCGUACAUUCUCUAUUCGAACCCCAAAUUUCUUCAUACGUGGGGUUUCCUUUACGUGCAGUACCGCGCCACCGCCUACUAUUGGGUUGUUCCGUCGCUCAUCUACAUCCUCGUCAAGGGCGCUUUUAUCGGACUGGCGCAGCAAGCUGGUGUUGUCCAGGCCGUCGCCCUGGUUCUCAUAGAAGCGGCUGCCUUGCUUGCUGCCUGCAUUUUCCGUCCUUGGAUGGAUCGGAAGACGAACACGUUCAACAUCGCCAUUCAUGCGGUUCACUUUGUCAACGCCAUUUUCCUGCUCAUGUUUACCUCCGUUUUCAACCAGCCGGCUAUCGUAAAUGGCGUGAUGGGUGUCGUCUUCGCCAUCUACAACGCGGUGUUUGCGCUCGUCUUGCUGAUCAUGGUCCUGGUUUCGGCAAUCUACGCUGUCGUCUCCAAGAACCCUGAUCGCCGUUACGAACCGGUCAGGGACGACCGUGGCUCAUUCAUCCGAUCCCACACGCACCUCAAGACGACCGAGCUGGAUGCAUUGGGGGCUACGGCCAGAGGGGAGACAAAAAUUCGAUAUGCACUGGAUUGA